AAAGGAUCUGAUCUACCCAGUUCCCCUGGCCUUCCAUGACAAUCAGCUAACCGGUGGUAGGGGAGGGCUCCCUAAGCUACGGUCGACCCCCAUGGGCUCCUCAUCUCUGCCUUCUGACCAUUCAGCGCGGCCAACGCAGGGUGCGGCCACCGAGUCUGAAUCCCUUACGUUUGGGGUGGCCUCCGCCACCCGGCUUGAAUGAUUGGAGUGGGUUGCAAAGGCGCUUCAAGAACACCAAAAGAAAGCCGAGAAGGUCUAGAAAGAGCAUGGCAACACGGCUGGAACCCUAGCUUCUCGAACAAAUCAAGCCACUGACAACUUCCACCAGCUUUCAAGCGUUUUCCACCUCGGGGAUGGCAUCUCCUUGAAGCCCAUCCGACCGACCCCUACCCUUGCUAGUCCAACGCCCACGAGCAACUCUAGGCUCGAAACUUGGGGACUUGGGGCUGUGACCGUUAUCCAUAGUAUAUACGAUUCCGGUCCGGGCAAUUUGAAGUGCUCAUCAUACACUCCUACACUGUCGCUGCGACCUGCACGACCUCCUCCACCUGCCUCAGUUCAACUGUCAAAGUUUUUGUUUCUGGAGCCCCUCGAAGCCCUCACCGACGUGUCCUACGAGAGUGCCGCCAUGAUAUCCCAAUAACGUCUCAAGAACAGUGUCGUUGCAUUCCCAAAGACCGACGUUUGCCCACUUGUUCUUCCUGGUUCGAAACCACGCCUUGUAGCCCUCCACCGCCUGACCUGUCCACUUGACAACUCCUUGUCCUCGUUGUGAGAACGAGUGCAAGAUUAAUAGAACCCGCCCGACGAGGCACUAUCGACAAAGACAUCGGAUUUGACGGGUUAUUCAGAGUACAUGUUGACGUUGUACAAUAUACUGCACACCUCGGCAUGCACAAAAGAUCAGAUGUCAACGCACGUGGCAUGAUAAGGAAACACUGAUAUGGGAAGCGGUCAAAGAUUCCAUCUGCCGGCUUCGCUGAAACGAACAAAAUCCAAACCUCCCAACCACGGCUGGCAGCCGGAAGGAAAUGAACAUAAAGUACAGCAUCUGCUUGGGAUUACUGAGACUGAUUUCAACACCGCGCGGAACCAAAGCAUAAGCUCUUCAGCUACUGCAAAAUUGCCGGCCUUGUCAUUUUCCGAUGCGACGACCGAGCUGGGCUCUUCUCAUCCCCCAACAGAACAGCUGGAUGCAGGUACAGGUCUUAAUCUGAAGGCGUCGUCGGUCUUGUUACACGAGGAGUUCCUGCUCAAGGCAGAUGCUGCCGGCUCAACAAAUUCCAAGCGCCUCAAGACGUACGGCUCGUCUUCCACCAUCAACUCAUAUUAUGAGGCUUACAAGGCGCCGUUAGCUGUGUCACAACAAACUUCAGAAUCCUCCCGACGGGACUUCGCUCUCCGAAAGGGGGCUCCGGUGGUCGUCAAGUCUACGACCGCGGACAAAGAUUCACUGCGUCAAUUGAAACUUUUUCGCCUUUCUAAAAGCGACAUUAAACCAGGAAUGAAGAAGCUUACCAAAGUUAGUUCUCAACCUGGGGACUCCCCGGUCAAAAUGUUGUUCGGCAGCCCGCGUUCUACUAGAUCAUCCGAUCAGACUGGAACGGCGAGACAUGUGCACCCUAACCAGUCCAAAACGCAAAAGGGUGUGCGCUUCCAGUCUGAUCACUCAGCAACGUUAAUUAAUUCGGAGAAGUCGAAACCGUCCAGUGUCCGUCCUUCUCGACAAGAAACCCCAUAUGUCAAGAUGAAUAUCAGGCGGCCAAAAGCAGGGGCAAAACAUUGGUUCGACGGACUGGAGGGUGAUAGCAGCGAUGACGAAAGUGUACAUGAGCCCGAACUGCACCCAAGCUUUGUUGCAGGUAUGGAAAUGGCAUUCGAGGGAGGUAGGAUAGGCCUCUUAACAAACGAGGGAGCUCGCGUCACGACGCAUACACCUGAGACAUCUAGUCGAGGUACAAGCUCGAAAGCACCGUCAAGCCACUUACUCCCUGCUUCGGCAAUUCCCACCCGUGUGUCAACCCUCAACGCCAAAUCGUCAAGGUCUACCCUUUCCCGAAACGAGUCACAGCAGACCUCAUCGAAACCAAAAGCAUCGUCUCUGGCGUCCACCGAUCUCCACAAAACAAGUAUUCUCGACUUGUCCUCUUCCGACGAUGAUGAGCUACAGCCGUUAGCACGAGGUAGAGAAUCUGGGGCCGUCCACUUACCACUGUUGCGAGAUAGCAUAGCGGUGGAAUCACUAGCAGAAUCAGACAUUGAGAUUCGGACGGCUAAAGCAGUCAGUACGAAACAAAACAUAACCGCGAGGGCGACACCCAGUCUGCGGCGUGUCCAUGGCACCAAUGCUCGGGGUCCGGCAUCGUCAUUGUCCAAGUCUUCCACCAAGCGACGAAAUCACCGAUCGACAUAUCUUAGCGAUCUAUCUUCAAAUCCUACACCAGAAGACGACGACGACCUGCUCACUUCAUUCCCUGCCACUCCAACAGACCAAGCAUCCUCGCAUCGGCCAUCUUUCCACGAAUCUUGUCUCUCCGACACCGCAAGCAUUGAGAGCAGGAGACUGAUGAGCGUUACCCGACAAGAAGAAUCUCUUUUGGCUGCAAUACGUUCAAGGAAAGCAGCAUUGGGUCAGUCAUCUGGCGCCGGCGGCGCAGCAGACCGAAGGAUACAGGUUUUGCGAGAUAUGGAGAAAAAACCGGCAAAGCACCAACGACCCCCACGGACGUCUGCCGCAUUGGAGGUCCAACUGACUUUGCAGAGGCGGGCGCAGGAACAGUUACAAUCUCCGUAUUCAGAUGCAAACUUCGACCAGGCUUCUUGCACGACUUUCCAGACUGGACUGUCCACCGAGCCCAGCGCCCGAUAUUCGUUAGCCAGCUUUCACACCGGCACCUCCAUCGAGCCAGAGACCGAAUUGUCGUCAUCCAUGGCUGCGUUUUCGCCUGCACUUCUUGCGCCGUCGAAUGGUGCGGUCAAUCGGAUGAGUCGUUCGACCUUCUUUUCGACGUCGACCAACAGCUCGAGGGAUAACUCGCGCAACCGACGGGAGAGCCACUACCUAGCCACAUUGGAGCAGCUGCAGGCGGCACCAAAACGAGAAGAGGUAUCUUCUCAGGAUUUCAUUGAUUUUCCGUAUAAUGGAUGGAUGAAACUUGCAGCCACAGCGCAUUGAGGCCUAACGAGGCUCGAUCAUGACGUUCAAAAGUUCAGCUGCUUCUCGUUUGUUAUUUCGUUUGUGGGCUCUUGGGUAGGGUCACGACUUUGAAGAGAGCGGUGGAUCACUUGUACAAUAGGCAUGGCUCUGGAUUUCAAGCCACUUUGGUUUCAUGAUGACGAAGGAGGACAUUCACAUGGAGGAUCACUGUACACUAAGAAACCGGGUGGUUGAUAGAGCCCGAGAUAUUGAGGGGGGUAUCGAGUACUCCGUACGUAGCUAAUGAAGGCUUCCUUCCUGUAACUGGGCGGUCUCCUUGUGAACUUUCGAUGUCUGUUCUCUGCGGCU